CAAUCAAAUACAUAUUAUUAACAUAGAAAAAAGAAUAACUACAGCUGUUAUAAUUGAUUUUUGUGACUAAAUCAACCUUUUGUUUCGGUGAAGGUUUUCUAGUCCACAUUUUUUUCCCCCAAUAUAGUAACAGUAUAAAGUAUUUCCAUUCGUCACAUUAUUACUAAAUUGUUUAGAAAACUAAAUACUCAUACAGAUUUUCUCCAUAAAUAGAAUUCACCCUAGGCGUGUGUUCUCCACACUUCACAUAUAUUCAUCCUAGGCGUGUGUUCUCCACACUUCACAGAUAUUCUCCACUUUCAUUUUCAGUAUUUUUUUCUCGUUUAACAAAAGAAACCAGAAGGUCUAACCAUGGAAACCAACAACAACUUGAACCUAGACAUGGAGAAAGAUCAAGAUACGACUUUCGACUACUCCAAACGAGCUCAAUGGCUACGAGCCGCCGUGCUCGGUGCCAACGAUGGUCUAGUCUCAACGGCUUCACUUAUGAUGGGUAUUGGUGCGGUGAAGCAAGACGUCAGAACCAUGCUUUUAACCGGUUUUUCCGGUUUAGUGGCCGGAGCUUGUAGCAUGGCGAUCGGAGAAUUUAUCUCCGUUUACUCUCAGUACGACAUAGAGGUGGCUCAGAUGAAGAGAGAGAGCGGAGGGGAGACAAAGAAAGAAAAGCUUCCAAGCCCGAUGCUAGCGGCUAUCGCGUCUGCGUUAUCAUUUUCUCUAGGAGCGAUUGUGCCGUUAUUGGCGGCUGCGUUUGUGAAAGAGUAUAAAGUGAGGAUUGGAGGGAUUGUGGCGGCAGUUACAUUGGCGUUAGUGAUGUUUGGAUGGUUAGGGGCGGUUUUGGGGAAGGCACCGGUGGUUAAGUCGUCGCUAAGGGUUUUGAUCGGAGGAUGGUUAGCUAUGGCCAUUACGUUUGGUUUUACAAAACUCGUUGGGUCACAUGGUCUUUGAUAUGUAUGUGUGAGUUUACUUACGUGACCAAACCCUUCUUCAUGUUUCAUGCUUCAAAAACUGGAUUUUUUUUGUUGUUGUAAUAAGUAGAAUGAAUUUCUAAUGAAUCUAUACUAGUAUAAUCGCA